CUUAUUUUGAAUAUAAGAGUGUUUUAUGUUUUGAUUUUUGGUAUCAUGAUACAAGUCAUUAUUCUUUACUAUUUGGCAUAAGAACUAAUAUAUUAGAAAAGUACAAGAAAAUGGAUGGACACAAUAGAUUACACCAUUAUUUUCGAUUUGAGUAUAAACAUUUGGAUAAGAAGUGCACAGGAAGCAGGAAAGCGUUGUUGAUUGAGAUCAUAAAUCCCAAGAAUAUCAAUCACCGGAUGAAAUACACAAACAAUAUAGAACUUGUGUUCAAUUUUUUAAAGAGUAAUAAUUUUCAUAAUAGUAAUAUAAGGAUUUUAUCGGAUUUUGGGAAUAAUAAAGAAAUUUCUCCUACUAAAGACAAAAUUAUUGAAUCUAUUGAUUGGUUGGUUAAAAACUCAUGUUCAAAUGAUUCAUUUUUUUUAUAUUUUUUGGGGGCAGGAACACAUUCACCAACCAACGCUGGAGACGAGAUAAGUGGAUACGAUCAAGCAAUAAUUACAAAAGAUGGUCUCCGAAUUCUUGAUAAUGACUUGUAUAAUAGAAUAGUUAAAGAUUUGGCAGAAGACUGCAGAUUAACAGCAGUAUUUGACUGUGACCAUUCAGGCACAAUACUUGAUUUGCCAUAUAAUUACUCAAUGGAGGGAGAACAUAUAUUUGGGAUGAGAAAAACGCUAGCUAAACAGAUAAAAAACUUGUUAUUUGUACUCAAGCCUCUUGGGCUGGGUACACUUGUUGAUACUUACAAAAAGAAAAAAAUUGAUAAAAUAAUUAAAAAAACACAUAAACCCAACGCGAAAGUGAUCCUGAUUGCUGCUUGCGAAGACCUACAAAACAAAAGAAUGGGAAUUAUUAAGAAUGAAAUCAAUUUUCUGUACUUGACAUACCGAUUCUGUAGAGCUAUGGGUAUUGUGGAACCAAGAUUGUUAUCAUACCAAAAGUUAUUAGAAGAGCUUGGUGGCAUGGAGACCUCAACACCACAGUUGGGCAGCUCUGUUCAUAUCCUGUUAAGACAGGAUAUUUUCCAGAUAUAAUCAUCAGUAAUUUGUCUGCUGGCGGCACAAGAUGCAUGGCUUUUUAAUCACCGUUCUGGAUGGACAAUUUUGCUGCCAGUUUUGGGCCUUGAAAAGACAUUUCCCGAUAGAUUAGUUACUUAAUCCUAUGCUGAGGACACAAAGGUGUCCAAAUAUAAAAGGUGUCCUAAUAUAGAGAGAUCCCAGUUCCCUAGUGUCAUGUGACGGACACUUCACUCACCAGAAUAAAUUGAUACAACUGGAAUAGAUACGCGGGAUUACUGGUUCUGGC